GUUGUUGUUGUUUUUUGUUUUGUUUUUUGAUGCUCCUGAACCCAACAAUGAGGUGACCUUCAUUGUUUAAGAAUCCUAACCUUGUGGUUUUGGGAACAAAUCCUACAAUGUUUCAAGUACAAUGUUCCAGUUAAGUUGCACAGGUGGAGCAACUGGCUAAGGGUGGAGAGGCCUCGGUGCAAGCUGGCUUGUUUCCUCCAAGCACUUUGUACAAAAGUGUACGGGGCUGUAGACAUGGGCUCUGGAGACUGCCUGCUUCGUUUUCUGUCAACAUGGCAGUUGAUGCUGAAAUAGUUUAUCUAAACUAUUUGGCAAAAGUUACCUAUUCAGAAAUCGGUUUUGUGUGCUGGCUAUUUAAAGAAAAUGGGGGGGAAACUCCUUGUUCUUCCAGAAGUUCCAAUGUCUACAUAUUGUAUCAUUUCUUGUGGAAGAUCUGUGAUACGUCUUGGUAGAAAUGACUACAGAUGGUACAAACAGACCUUUUGACUUCCGGUGCUUCCCUCACAAGAUUCUAGAUGGAUAUGAAGAGAUUUUUAUAAAACACUGUGAUUUAGUUGUUAAAUAGUUUGAAACUAGAGAUUUAUUUCUUUUUUAGUAGAUUUUUAAUUCUCAUCUCAAAUAUUUCAAAGAUAACGGUGAUCAUUACGUCACAGACCAGGUAUUUUCCCCUGCUAUGCCAGCGAGGGGUGAGACGGCUAAAAUUUCCCUAGUUAGUGGCUUUCAACCAAAGGCUGACAUGAAUGAAAAAAAAAGGCAAGAAACUCUGGUGAGUCAUAGAAGUGGGUGUUUCCACAGAGUAAGCUUUCAUAAUAGAUCCACCAAUCUAUCACUCGCCACCAAAGAAUAGUAAACCACAGCACAGGACUAGCAGGGAGUGAUCCUAGAUAGGCAGUACUGCUUUCUAACACUGAUUGUGUCUGAGCCACUUUCUUCCUAAGCACAACAGAAGUGAGUACGCCACCAGCAGUGAUAUAAAUUAUUCUGAGAAUGAAAUUUGUUUAUAUUUUAAAUUUUGAAUUCAGGAUUAUUUAGAUCUGACUAUGAUCAAACUAUCUUAUUGCUAAAUAAGAUCUUUCAGGGAACGACACAUGAAAUGUAUGAAAAAUUGCUUAUGUGAUGUUAAAUAACAGAAAACUAGAGAUAUUUAUGUGGAAUUGGGACAAUGCAACAAAAUGGUGAAAUCAGUUUGUAUACAGGUAAGAUAUAUUCUUUUCCAGCUAAGAAAGAGGGGGAGAAAAUUAAGAGCAAAACUUGCAUAGUUGUAAUUUAUAAAACCCAAAACCAAUAACAACAACAAACCCCUGAAAACUAACUCAAAAAACCCCCAAAAAAGGAUAAAAAAAUCUAAAUGUGGAAGUAAUAGUGGCGGUGUUACCCAGAUUAUUUUAUUACUGUAAAAAAAAUGGCCUCUUUGACUGAGUCCAGUUGAUUUAAUUUCCACUUGGAAAGGGACAUAUUUUGCUUGUAGUUUACAUUGAUAAUUAAGUGUUUAUAAGAGAAUAUAAAUUUGGUCCUCUAAAAAUGGUUUUAAAUGAAUUACUUCUGGAAAAUCAUUUGUCGAGGAGAAGUUAACAGUAAACAGCCUCCUUUCUCUUCAUCAUAUUUUCAGGGAUAUUUCCAGUUUUACGAACCUUUGGCUCAUCAUUUUUAUGAGAUUUCCAAUAGGAAAGGGAUUAGGAUUAUUUACUAGAGGUAGAAAAAAAGGCAUGGUAAGUUUAAUAUUACACUUAAAGAAAUGAUGACAACUUGGGAGAAAGAAUGGAGAUCUAUAAACUUGGACUAACAGAAUCAUGCUGUUCUUUGUCCACUGCCGAAGCAGUGCAGUGUCAUAAAUUUGAACAAAUGAGCCUUACCACAGGCGUUGUAAAGUGUUCCUUAGUUGCAGUAUUUUGUAAUCUGAGGGUGCAGUGUGUUGAUAACCUGUUUUUUGAAUCUUCUGUUAUAAUAAUUUUUUAUAUACUUUGUUUUAGUUUUGGCAAGGUACAGGGUUAUACGUGAGACCUAACGAAAUCCGUUCCAGAUUAAGCUGAUUAAUACAUCUAUGUUGGCAAGUGCUUCAGUUGUAAAUAUACUGCUAUUAGUGCUAUGCGAGAGAAAAUAACCUCAAAUGGAAUUAGAGAGUACUGUAAUGUACCAGUUAUGUAAUGAUGUCUAAGUAUUUAGAGGGGUAUUCUUUGAAUGCCUAAUACUAAAGAACAGCAAGUGUCUAAACCUAACCUGAUCCAAGUUGAAAGUAAACCUAACUACUCAAAUUUGGAAUUUCCAUGCAAGUGCAAUGAAUCUGUUUUUAUUCCCUGUUGUCUAAAGGACUUAAAAUAUAGUUGUUCUUUAUUAAAAAAAUAGUGUUGCUUUUGUCAAAACUUGACCUUUUAGGGGUUUUUUUAGAUAUAAGUGAUUAGUGUUUUCUUUAAUUAGCUUGAUUUCCUAAGGAAACUAGGCUUUUGAGCAGCCCUCUCUGCUUGUGUGUGUGUGUUUGUGUAUGCAUGUAUGUACAUCACAAAAAGAGCAUGAACAAGUGAGAAUUAUUACAUUUGCCACUAUUUGGACUAAUUUUGAGACCAUUAAUGGUUAUCAGUCAAGCUAGCCACCUUUGCUACAUGCUUUUCUUGCUUACUUAAGAAUCACCCAGUUGUAGCUGAAAAUCUUACUGUUCGUAUUCAUCAAAAGAAAUCCUCACUCAUUGUUCUUCACAUGAUAUGAGAACUAGGACUAUGUUUUAGAAUAUUCAGUUUUUUUCUCUAAACCUUUUUUUUCCCCGCUGUACAGUUAAUGAUGGGAGUAAAUCCCUCUUAGCCCCUUUAAGAGGUUACAAGUGAAUUGAACAGAAUAGGAAAGAUCUUUAUCCCCAGAGCACACAAAGAAAUAAAAUUUCAGUGUAAAAUAUUUACCUGAAAUUUCUCAUUUGUAAACAUACAUAUUUUUAUAAUGCCUGCCUUUAGGAAGUAGGCACUUUCCAGUGUCACUGGAAACGUGGGUUGAUGUUCGUUGUAUUCUGGAUAUAUAUCUACCAUCUCCAACAGUAUGCAAAGUUACCACAACCAAGUGAGAUGUAUAACUAAAGAGCAUAAAUUUGAGUGCAGUCUUGUAAAAUGUUUCUCUUUGGCCUGUUUAAGGUGAUUAUAUAUUACUGUGUAAAUGUUUUGCAGAUCAAUAAUCUUUGUUUCACUUUGAGACAAUUUCAGGGGGUUUUGUUCUUAGGUCAGUAGGGACCUGUCUUAGAGAUCCUUUGACAUUUUUAUGAUUUUGAUUUAUCAGAUUUUAUCACUCUUCUACACCUGUUCUCUGAAAUACUCCCAUAGGCAACAGACACCCACCAUUUAAUGUAGGGAAAUAAUCAAGGAAGAAAGCUUUCUGAGAUGAGUGGUAUAUCAGGGGCUAUGAUUUUCAGCAUCUUAUUACCUAAAAAUGAAAGGAUAUGAAAACUCAGAAUGAAUAAGCUUUGACUUGUAUGCACACUGCUGAUUCUUUUAAUUUUUCUUUGUGGCUUACAAUGCUUUGUAAAAUGUCCGUGCUGUUUUUCAGGAAAAAAAACCCAAACAAUUUUUCAUUUUAAAGAUGCUUUUAGUAUUUAAGAUUUUGGUUUUAUGUUUAUUAUAUUUGUUUUACAUCACUAAAUCAAUAUAAUAUAUUCAUGCAUGUCUGCAUUUCUGUUGUUCUCUUUAUUUCAGUAUCUAUUGAACUUCAUUCUAGGGAGAAAAUUAAAGCUGUAGUUUUAGGAAGAAAAUCAAAUAAAUAAUAAAAUGAACAAUGUCAGAGAUGCUCUUCUUGCUACCCUAGACAAAACUCGCCCCCCCACCCCCCCCCGCCAGAUUCCAAUACUUAUGUUUAGUCCCUAGGUCUGGCAUUAAUGUACAUCAAGGAAGUUACACUGCUGUGCAUUAAGGGAGUAUUUCUCCUAUUAUUUGCUGUUUUGAUAGACCACAGUAAUUAAAUAAGAGCCACUGUGGUCUCUUGGGGAAAUAGGAAAGAGAUUUUUAAAAAGCUUUUGAAUAUAAAUGUAUUUGAUAACGUCCUGUAUAUAAAUAAUGCAUGUACUUAGUUGAGUGCUUAUACUCUUUUGAGGAAAGUUUUGUGUUCUUCUAAUGCUUGCUCAUAGCCUUAAGGAAUGUAAGAAAUGUGAAAUGAGACGAAAAAAGUGCAUGAAAGAUAUAAAUUUAUUCUUAGUUAUACUAGUGACUAACAGCCCCCCAAAACCCCAUAAGUUAUACUUCAAAUUUUUUAUUUUUUUUUUUUUACUUCGUUUUGGGUGCAUGAGGAGCUUAAUAAGAAUGGACGUCUUUGAUCAGUCUGUUCCAAUGCCAAACUCAUGCCUAUUUUGUGUCACAAAAAUCCUAAUAGGAAUCCUGGGAAAGAGCUUUUCAUGCAUGCACAGCUUGUAUUACAGCAUUUGACAGCACACAAAGGUAACUGGCUAUACUGUUAAAAGCAAAGAUAUAUUGGGAAACUGGUGUCACUACUAGUCUUUCUUCUGUGACUGCUGUUUAAAUCCAUGAUCAUGCUUCUCACGCCUCUUUGGACUACAUCUUUGCUGACAGAAGUCUCUGCAGUAGAUGUAGCUUUAAAACUGUGCUCUUUCAGAAGUUUGGUACCUUUUCAUUUUUCUGUUUUGGUCUUUCUUCUCUUUGUCUGUAGCUACAUCUAAAAGAGGUGACCUUAAGAAAAAUGAUAUCUAUUGAAAUGAGAAAGUGGAGUUAAAAUAAAUGGUUUCAUCAAGACUAUUACAUCAUUGUUUUUCACUACUCACACUGCAUCUUGCAUUCUCAGGUCUGCUGUUUUGCAGAGGAGAGGGAAGUGGGACUUGCAGCUUUCUGAAAGGACUUCAUGUUGGUGGCGUUUAUGCCAGAACAUAGUAAGCAAGGCAAAUUAACUCCAGCCUUGUGUAAACUUUUAAUUGGCCAACACAAUGCAAUUGAGUAUGAGUUCCAGGUGGCUUUGGAAAUGAAGAACUAAGCUCUCUGGCUGGAAGCUGAACGUGAUGACGGCCUGGUCUAUGAUAGGGAAGCUGAAAAUGGAGAAGAGGCACUCCAGAGAAGACAGAAAUGUGGAACAAGAUGCUGGGGAAUGCAGUGCUGAAUCAGAGGAAUGGACGAGCUCAGAAAGCGAACCUGAGCAACCAUACUUCAGAAGCAGCUGCAGCAAUACUCAGUGGAGAGAAAAGGAGGUUUCCACUAAACCACAUCGGCCGCUCUGUCGGUCUCCUUGUUUGGAUCGCCCAAGUUUUUCACAGAGCAGUAUCACACAAGACUUGAAGCUAGAUGAAUGCAAAACAAAUUUGGACAAGGAAUACCAAGCUAAAAUGGAUUUUGCUUUAAAGCUUGGGUAUGCAGGAGAUCAGAUCCAGGCGGUACUGAAUAAACUGGGAGCAGAUGCGCUUAUCAACGAUGUUCUCGCAGAGCUUGUGAGACUUGGCAACAAAAGUGAAUCAGAGGGACAAAGCAGUGCCAGCAGUGCCACUAGUACUCUCGUGCCAAGAGGUCCUUGUACAAAGGAAAUAGCAAGCCCUGAAUUGUCACUUGAAGAUGAAGUUGUGGAUAACAGUGAUAACUUGAGACCAAUUGUCAUUGAUGGAAGCAAUGUGGCUAUGAGCCAUGGGAAUAAAGAAGGAUUUUCCUGUCGAGGAAUUCAACUAGCUGUUGAUUGGUUUCUGGAAAAAGGACAUAAAGAUAUCACUGUGUUUGUACCAGCAUGGAGAAAAGAACAGUCUCGACCUGAUGCACCAAUUACAGAUCAAGAAAUCUUACGUAAAUUGGAGAAAGAAAAAAUUCUUGUUUUCACUCCAUCUCGAAGAGUUCAGGGAAGAAGAGUAGUUUGCUAUGAUGAUCGAUUCAUAGUAAAACUUGCUUUUGACUCAGAUGGCAUCAUUGUAUCAAAUGACAACUACCGGGACCUUCAAAAUGAAAAACCAGAAUGGAAGAAGUUCAUUGAGGAGCGGCUGCUAAUGUAUUCUUUUGUGAAUGACAAAUUUAUGCCUCCUGAUGAUCCUUUAGGACGCCAUGGGCCGAGCCUUGAAAAUUUCUUAAGGAAAAGGCCAGUUAUUCCUGAACAUAAGAAACAACCGUGUCCUUAUGGUAAAAAGUGCACCUAUGGGCACAAAUGUAAAUAUUACCACCCAGAACGGGCAAACCAGCCUCAAAGGUCAGUAGCGGAUGAGCUUCGAAUAAGUGCCAAAUUAUCUGCUGUGAAAACUAUGAGUGAGGGAGCCUUGGCCAAAUGUGGCACAGGGCCAUCCAGCUCCAAAGGAGAAAUCAGUUCUGAAGUGAAACGCAUUGCCCCAAAACGUCAGUCAGAUCCAAGCAUUAGAUCAGUAGCUGUGGAGCCUGAGGAAAAGUUAUCAGUAGCCCGGAAGUCCGAGGCCAGCUCUGUCCCGUCUCUGGUUUCUGCAUUAAGUGUACCAACGCUCCCUCCACCAAAAAGCCAUGCAGCUGGUGCAUUAAAUACUCGUUCUGCAAGCAGUCCGGUGCCAGGUUCCUCACAGUUCAUGCAUCAGAAAUCCUCACUGGAACAUAUGUCCAGUGUGCAAUAUCCUCCUAUACUAGUCACCAAUAGCCAUGGCACCUCAGUUAGCUAUACUGACCAGUAUCCCAAAUAUGAAUCAUUGGGGGACCAUGGCUAUUAUUCCUUACUCAGUGAUUUCUCCAACUUGAGCAUAAGUAGUAUCCGUAACACAGAUUAUUAUGGGGCUGAUAUGGACCAGGGGAUGUAUUCUAGAAACUCAAGCCCCUGUCCUGACAGUUGCUUAAGCCAUACAAGUAAUGAUUCUUAUUCCUCUUACAAUGACUUGUAUCUGGGUGUAGCAGAUGCCAGUCCAGAAGACAAUGUGAAGCUCCACAGACUGCCAUCGCAAAAUCGUCUUCAGCCUUUUUCCCAUGGUUACCAUGAAGCCUUAAAUAGAGUUCAGAGUUAUGGAACUGAAGAGCCUAAGCAAUCCCUUCGCAAACAGUCAGUUUCCCACUUAGGCCUACAUGCCCAGCAUCCGGUUGUUGGAGCACGGUCCAGUUGUCCAGGAGAAUACCCUGUGCCUCAAAAUGUUCAUCCAUCAACUGCACAACCAAGCCGUGCCUUGGUCAUGACAAGAAUGGACAGCAUUUCUGACUCACGGCUUUAUGAAAGUAACCCUACAAGGCAGCGAAGACCACCUCUCUGUCGAGAGCAGCAUGCUAGUUGGGAUCCGUUACCAUGUGCAUCAGACUCUUACACUUACCACUCAUAUCCACUGAGUAACAACCUCAUGCAGCCGUGUUACGAACCUGUAAUGGUAAGAAGCAUGCCUGAGAAGAUGGAGCAACUCUGGAGGAAUCCCUGGAUUGGGAUAUGUGGUGAGCCACGGGAACCUCAUAUCAUCCCAGAACACCAGUAUCAAACGUACAAGAACCUCUGCAAUAUUUUCCCUCCAAGCAUUGUCCUUUCUGUGAUGGAAAAGAAUCCCCACAUGACAGAUGCACAACAGCUGGCAGCUAUGAUUGUUGCCAAAUUAAGAACAGGGCGUUAACUCAUUACAGCCUCUUUUGGAUAAAUGAAAUUAUACAGCAUAUAGGACCUGGAGGAAAACUUAAAUGAAGAAGGAAGGGGCCAAUCUAUUCUAAAUAUUUUCUACUAAGAUAGUAUCAAAUUCUGUACACAGUAGCAAUCAUAUAUAUGCUGAAGCACUAUAUAAGAGUUGAUUGUAUUGUAAAUUUUAAGAUUUUAAAUAUAGGGAUUUUUAAUAGUAUUUUAUAGGAAAUGCAUACCUUGCUGCAUGGAUAGCUCAUCAAGAACUACAAUGUCACGUUCGGUGUCUCAAAGCUGUUACUACAAAAUUAUUGUUAGCAAUUAUAUUGCAUGUAUUAGUGUACACUUUCAAUUUGCUUAUAAAUACCUAAUCGGCCUUUAAAAGUAUGCUCUACACACACCCAGAUGACUUUCAGGGUUUCAGCUUUGUUAUUUGACACUCCCUACUGGCAUACUAAAUAUUGAAGAAAAAGUAAACUUGACAAAAAUUAAAAUACUCAAUUUGUAAAAGGAAAAACUGAUUUCAGCUUUUGAAUGUCGAUAUUGUUGUUGGAAUUCAAAACUGUUCCCCAAGAGCUUGAGUAUCUUAUUACCUUGUCCAGUAUGUUGGCUCAAUCCAACAGAAGCCAAAUACUUUAUUAAAUUAGGACCAAAACAUUAAGGAGUGCGAAGGCAUGAGCGCCAUUCAAUAAACUAAAAGAAGUUUAACUGUAGCUUCUCUCUUCAGAAUCGCCUCUCAACUGUGCAGUAAGCAGCUGCUGACCCAGAUGACUAGACAAGCUGAGAGUAAAUUGUCAGCUUUAUGUAAAUUGGAUUACUCAACCUGAAGCAGCAGAAACUGGAUGUUAACAUGGAAGUUCAUCAGUAACUACAGCCCUUCCUCUGGGGGCAAGGAUGGUGCUGGAGUGAGCCUAACAUUCAUGGUGGCUGUACAAGAUCAGCUUAAGAAGGGGGUGGAGGGGCAAGGCUGCUUCUUGAAAAGAGAUGCUCUAGUUCGGGUUUGUGGCAAAGCUGGCCUGGUUUUUUGCUCUUCAGCUCCACGCAAAGGUGUGCAUUUGCCUCAUGAAGGCUUUUAGAGUUCCUGUUUCAACAGGUGAGACAAUUUUAUGUGGCAUUGUUUGUGCAACUGGUAUCUUGCUCAGGGUGGGGAACCUUUGUAGCUAAAUGUCUCCAAAAGAGACAUUUAUUGUUUUUUAAGCUGCACUGACUGGACGCCCUUUUUUGAAUCCAUUGUAUAUUUCGACAUUUCGAACCAUUACUAACUCGAUACAUCUCGAGCUAGGACUUGUUGACUUCUACUGUAGUUUUUUUCAUGAAAGUUGAGAAGGCCUGGUUUAUGGCCUUUUGUUUCUUCAUGAGAAGGUGUGACACUGCCUAAAUGUUUCUUACUGUGAAACACACGGAACGUGAGGCUGCAGUCAGGGUUGUUUCUGGUGUUUUGAUAAUGGCUUGCAUGCUGCUUUCUAGAUAUCUGUUUGUCUGAGGAACAAAGUUAUACCAUUUCUUCCACUUGUGUUACUGUAAUGGUUGAUUUGAUUCAAAAUAUCUUGUGGGCUCUUUAUCACAUGCAAAGUAUGUUCCUGUCAUACCAUCCCCCCCCACCCCCCACCCCCUGCCAAACCCCCAAACCAACAACAAAUUACAAUUACAGGUGCAACUGCCGUUAAUUUACUGAUAUUUGAUAACUGUAUAAUUUCACACAGGAUAAAUACUCUUGUGUAGGUACAGGUAACAUAUAUAAUGACCAUGUCAUUAUGUAUUUAAAAUGAGUUAACUUGAAGGUGAUUCUGCAUUUAUACUUGGCAUUGAAAAAAACCAAGUUUUAAUUAGUUGGUUAUUGCCUCUAUUAAUAGGAAAAAAAUAAAGUCUUCAAACAUUUAUAAUAGUUGGGGAAAACAGAUUUGACUCUUGACAGUUUUCAGAAAUGUUUCUUACUAACCAGCAUUUUAUAUUUUUAAUUUGCAAUUAAUUCUUAUUCUCUUCUCUUGCAUGGUAUAAGCAGCUGAGAGCAAUGCCUCAAAUAACCAGAAAUGACCUUUUGUUUGUUGAUACAAAUUGUAUCUCUUUUUCUUGAUUGUAUAAAAACUGUGUAUAAAAAAAAAAAAUCUCUAGAUUAACUUCAGUAUUACAUUUUCACCACAAUAUUUGUGACACCAUGUGUCACAGGGAAGUAGCCCAUGAGUAAUUAUGGAUCUUUUUUAUUUAAAAUGGGCACUUGUAGUUUAUAGACAAACAAGAACAACUUUUCAGAACCAGUUUAUUAUGUGCACAGAUACUGUGUGUACGCCUCAAAGCAUUACAUAGUUACCUUUAGUCUAUUUAUUAAGCAGAUACAUUCUUGCACUAAACAUUAUGUGAAAAUGUUGCUGUUAACUCAUCUGCAUGUGUUUAAAAUGUACCAAUAUAAUUGCUAUAGUCCCUGCUUUAUUCUUAAUGAAUUAAUUUAUAAAUUAUUUAGGUAUAAAAUGAAGUUUAUUGUGCACUCAUGUUUUCCAUCUUGCAUGGAAUUAAAUAUUUGUAUGUAGAAAAGUGUUUGUUCCCUUUUCCCCCCAAUUAUGAUAAGCUAUUUUAAGAGAGGUUUAGUAGGUGGUUUUGAUGUUUUCUAAAGUGGAGAACUGAGCAGAAAUUUCUGUGUGGAGUAUUGGCUGGAUUAUGGAGAUACUCAUUUUUGUAGGAUUUGUCUAGUCAUUUUAAUUUUCACUAACUUUUGUCUUCCUGAUAAUUCCUUUUUAAACAAUGGGAAUGCUGUGCCAAUACAAACCCAACAUACUUAUUUCCCUAAGGCACUUUGAAGGCAAAUUGUCUUUUUUUGCAGAAGCUGUUAGCAUCCACCAUGCACAGAGUGACAGAAUGGGCAGCGUAGCCUUGUGGAAAUAAUCUGCAAAUUUUGUGCUCGUUUAGUCCUCCUUAGAGGUAAUGAAACUUUUGUAUGUGAUGUAGUCUUUCCUAAUCAGCUACUUCGAGUGAUAAUUCAGUCAUCUACAUCUGUUUUCAGAUAUGUUUACAAGCCAAUUCAAAACACUGACACGUUCACUAAUCUUCAGCGCAUAAGCUUAGAUUUCUUCUUACAUGGAAGAGUUGAUCUUAUUAACACCUGAUCAUAACUGUCUAUAUUGUAAAUAUAAGACUUUGUAUAAAUGCUCUUUUUGAGAGCAUGGUAUUUAAAUGUUUUUAAAACUGUAAGAGAACAGUUCUAGAAACUAUAUUUUAAUAAAAUCCAUGAAAUUGCAAUUCUAGAUGAGAAAAGAAAAAAAAAAGCAGGGAGGUAAAAUCCUGGCUUACUGCAAUCAGCAAGAGUUAGGCAGUAGACUUUAGUGCUUUACUGUGGCCGGAGUGUUCUCCAGGAGUUCCGAUUUACUGAUCUUUCAUCUUUAGCUAUAUUACUUUCACGUAAUUUGUCACUUGAGUGUAUAACUUUUAAAUUCAUGAAUCAAAAAUCAAAUGCUUUAUGGGAUGUCAGUCUAAGUUAUUUAAUUUUUUUUGGUAAGAAUUACAUGUCAGUAAUAUAUUAAAUUGUACAAAUAGAUAGCUUCACUACUGUUAGUCCUGUUGUUGUCGUGUUGAGCUGCAGUAGUUGGCUUUAUUCAUUUGUAGAAUUAAACAUUACUGUUUAAUUGUUGUAAUAUUUUAUAAAUCUCUUUGGGUUUUUUUGGUUGACCCAAAUAUAAUGUAAGUCUUAAUGACAAAAUGAGUGAAAAUGGAUGUUAAACCUGUAUGUGGUAUUCGUAAAUCUCUGUAGUAAUGUGUGCACUGUUGUAGAUGCGGCUGCAUGUAAUUCAUUCACUAGCAUGAGUCUGUUUAGCUUUUGUAAAAAUGCUGUAACUGUAAACUUGAAAAUAGAAGGUGUGGGUAUGUUGCUUAGAACAAGGAGAAGGAUCCUCAUAACAAAACCAAAAUAUCUGUGUAGGUGAGUUCCCCUCUACGUACUUUUAAUGGCCAGUUUGCCUCAAGUUGUGAAUUUUGGCUUUUUGAAAUUCUUAAUGAUGAAGUCAGAACACACAAAGAAUCUGUCCAGAUAAUUCAGUUAAAAAAUACUUGGUGACAUGCCUAUAACUGUGACAUAUGUCAGAUCACAGGCAGGAACAUUUCAAGGGACAUAUUUUUACUAUAAAAAUGCUAUGCUAAAGAGAAGGAACAUGCGCCAUUUCUGUGAGACUUUGCUCCAAAGAGCUGAAAUAUUAUUCACCAUCUGUCACUAUUAUGUCUAUGGAGAGCAUUCAGCUUUACUGCUCCUCUUGUACCCAGAGCAGAGCUUGUCUGUGUGACAGAGCCCUUACUACCUGUAUUUCUUGCAAUAUUUCAACUUAAAUUAUUCUCAUGCCAGUGUUUGAUUAGCCUUGGAAGAGCCAUUAUACAGUAUCUUGUGAUUUUGGUCUGUGGUAUUUAAAGUUUGUAAACGUAUUAAAAGAACUGAGAGAAGAAUCUAAAAGAAAUAUAGGCUAUUACCUAUAGACCCCCCACCCUGCUGUGUGAAAGGUUUGCACAAUUAUUUAAUAAUAUGAAAAGUUAUACUUUAUAUAUAUAAAAAUUUUUGCUUAUUUAAUAAAACUGAAAGCCAUUGGA